UCCGCGUGCGCCGAGUGCUGUGCAGGCUGGAAGGAGCAUGUGGGUCCGCUGCGCUCUGUGGGGGGCGCGAGCCGGGUCGCAGCUGCAGUCGGGAGUACUAGCACCUUGCCGCCGCCACGGUGGUGCUGCCUCUUACUCCGCAUCCGCCCAAGCCUCCCGGGUCCGGGCGCUGAUCUAUGGGAGCCACGGAGAUCCAGCCAAGGUCGUCGAACUGAAGAACCUGGAGCUAGCGGCCGUGGGAGGAUCAGACGUCCACGUGAAGAUGCUGGCGGCCCCUAUCAAUCCAUCUGACAUAAAUAUGAUCCAAGGGAACUAUGGCCUCCUUCCCAAGCUGCCUGCUGUUGGAGGGAACGAAGGUGUGGGACAAGUGGAGGCCGUGGGCUGCCGUGUGACUAGACUGAAGCCAGGAGACUGGGUGAUUCCUGCAAACGCUGGGUUGGGAACCUGGCAGACCGAGGCCGUGUUCAGUGAGAAAGCAUUGAUCCAAGUUCCCAAUGACAUCCCUCUUCAGAGUGCUGCCACCCUGGGUGUCAACCCCUGCACAGCCUACAGGAUGUUGGUGGACUUUGAGCAGCUGAAGCCAGGGGACUCUGUCAUCCAGAAUGCAUCCAACAGUGGAGUGGGGCAAGCAGUCAUUCAGAUCGCCGCAGCCCUGGGCCUAAGGACCAUCAAUGUAGUCCGAGACAGGCCUGACAUCCAGAAACUGAUGGACAGACUAAAGGAUCUGGGGGCCGAGCAUGUCAUCACAGAGGAGGAACUAAGAAAGCAAGAAGCAAAAAACUUGUUCAAGGUACAGAGAUGGCUGAGAUACUAUGGGAGAACUCACAGGCUGGGUGGGCAGAUGUGCCAUGUGACCCGAGAGCUGGGAGGAGGAUCACAGAGCACCUGCCUCUGUAAAGCCUGUUCCGAAGUUGCUGAAGGCUCCUCCCAGGCAGAAAAAAACACACCCCAGCCACGGCUUGCUCUCAACUGUGUUGGCGGGAAAAGCUCCACAGAGUUGCUGCGGCAUUUAGCGCCUGGAGGAACCAUGGUGACCUACGGGGGGAUGGCCAAGCAGCCCGUCACAGCGCCUGUGAGCCUGCUCAUUUUUAAGGACCUCAAACUUCGGGGCUUUUGGUUGUCGCAAUGGAAGAAAGAUCACGGUCCAGACGAGUUCCAGGGGCUGAUUCUCACUCUGUGUGACCUCAUCCACCGAGGCCAGCUCACAGCCCCUGCGUGCUCAGAGGUCCCACUCCAGGACUACCAGCGGGCCUUGGAAGCCUCCAUGGAGCCCUUUGUGUCUUCCAAGCAGAUUCUCACCAUGUGAGCUGCAGCUGGAGGGGCAGUGAGUGGGUGGGGGGAAGUGGACCCACCAGGCUGGCUUCAGGCCCUUCAGUUAGGGCCCAGCCUUCCCCAGACUGCUCUCCACUUGCUGCCUCUUCCCCCAGGAGGAUGGGGAGGUCAGCCUUGGGCAUCUAAUAAAGUCUGAACAUCCUUAAAAAAAAAAAGGCAAAAAGAAUAGAAGUCAUCUCUACAGAGCGGCCACACUGUGCACCUCCACCUGCAGCACGAGGAAGCGCCCCUCCCUGAUUCUCCUUCACCUGUCCCUGCGAUCAUUUCCUGACCACCUGAAAGCAAAACUUGUGUGAGCGAGUGCAAGAGCCACAGCCAGUAAGCCACGGUGUCUGCCCUUAAGCCUGCACACCCACAGGGGAGAAUCUUCCAUAAAGGAGGACUGGACUCCCUUCCUGGCCAGUGUGUAGCCCAGCCCAGAGCAGGAGGAUCUGUUGCCUGGAAGAGUGAAUGCCAAACUAGAUCAUCCCAGCCUGGAAGAAACUGCAGACAUGGGGUCUUGGGUGGCUGGAUAACCCUUAGGAAGCUUCCACUCUAACCAGGGAAGUAGAGUUUAUACCAGUGAUUCACAGCCAGAGGCAACUUGACCCCCAAAGACAUUUGAUUAUGUCUGGGAACAUGUGGGCUGCCAUGACUUGGAGAGGAGAUUGUCAUUGACCCCUAGUGGGCAGAGGUCAUGAUACAUUAAACAGUCUACAAGGA